CUCCUCCUCUCUCCUCCUCUCGCCUUGUCCCCUCGGGCGGCGCCUCGAGGGCCGCCCCCGCUCCCCACCCCGGCUGGGGGGCGGGGAGGGGCGGAUGCGGGCCUGCCUCGCCGUGGCGUGCGCCCUUGUUCGCGCCUGGCACGCCGCGGCCGCGGUGACCAGGAGGCCCCACAUCGUGUUCGUGCUCGUGGACGACUGGGGCUGGAACAACGCCGGGUACCACCGGCCGGGCGAUCCCGAGGUGGUCACUCCGAACGUUGACCGCCUGGUGCGGGAGGGCAUCGAGUUGGACCGUCACUACGUCUACCACUACUGCUCGCCAUCGCGCUCCUCCCUGCAGUCUGGCCGGCUCCCCGUCCACGUCAGCUACACGAAUGACCAACAGGAGGCCCUCAACCCCGACGACCCGGUCUCCGGCUACGCCGGCAUCCCUCGGAACAUGACCGGCCUCGCGGAGAAGCUGCGGCAGGGCGGGUACCGCACCCACGCCACCGGGAAGUGGGACGCCGGCAUGGCGACGUGGGAGCACACGCCGCUGGGCCGCGGGUACGAGACGUGGUUCGGCUACUUCCACCAUGGGAUGGGCUUCGGGCUGGUUGGCCAUGCCAAUGAUUAUUGGACGCAGAGGGUAGCUUCUGGCGGCCCCACCGGCUGUGGACCCCUCGUUGACCUGUGGAACAGUACUGGUCCAGCUCGGGAACGCAACGGCACGGCAUACGAAGAGGAGAUGUUCACGGAUCACACGUUGGCAACUUUGCAGCGUCACGAUCCUUCCGAGCCGCUUUUCUUAUUCCACGCGUUCCACCAGAUCCACACGCCGCUGCAGGUGCCGGAGGUCUGGGAGAGGAACUUCAGCUUCCUGGACAACCGCGACAGGAGAAAGUACGCGGCCAUGGUCCACUACAUGGACACGGCCCUCGGGAAAAUCGUAGCGAAAAUCAAGGAGAAGGGCAUGUGGGAGAACACUUUGAUGGUCGUGUCCAGCGACAACGGCGGCCCCGUGUAUUACAUUCCCAAGAUCGGUGUCGGGGGCGCCAGCAACCUGCCGCUGCGCGGGGGGAAGCUGUCCGACUGGGAGGGGGGGGUGCGCGCCAACGCCUUUGUGGCCGGCGGGGCCGUGCCGCGCGCAAGGCGGGGAACGGUGCUCUCGGACUACAUCCACGUGAGCGACUGGUACGCCACCUUCUGCGCCAUCGCGGGCGUGGACUCGACGGACCACCGGGCCGCACUGGCUGGGCUGCCGCCGGUGGACGGCCUGGACCACUCGGCGCUGCUGCUGGGCGAGGCUGCAGCUGGCACCCGCACGGAGAUCCACCACUCCGUGAGGGCGCUCACGCGGGGCAGGUGGAAGCUGAUCACGGGCGGGCUCAUUCCGGGGUUAGUCCACCGCCGGUUCAUGUUCGUGCUGUUGUUCUUUCCUCUGCUCAUGGAUUUGAAUUUGCAACACCCGUGGGGUACGCGCAUGGUGCCGUACCCGCUCUGGGCCAACGGCUGGGGGGUCGAUGCGGUGGAGAACUCACUGGCCUUCCACGACUGCCAUGGCGGCUGCCUCUUCGACAUACUGGCCGAUCCCAACGAGAGGAAGGACGUCCGCAAGGAGAACUCCGACGUCCUCCGCGACAUGAUGGCGCGACUCGAGGAGCUCAACAGGGGA